GCGCAUGCGUGUAAUUACGCGAGCAUUCCAAACCGGAAGGUGUUUCGCUGAACUCCCAAGUGAUUCAUCGUGUCAACACACACGAUCUUCGCUGUAACUCCACUGACAGCUAGCGAGUACAAGCAACUCCUCUACGCUCUCAACAACUGAGUGAACGAGACAGGGAAUGGGACAGCUUUAACCCUGGUGUCCCCAGCUAACCCCGAGUAAACCAGCCAGCCAUGGAUAACCGCUCCUCACUUCGAAAAGUCAGCAGCUCCACCGAGUCUGUUGCCACCGUCACCAGUGAGGAGUUUGUUCUGGUUCAGCCGAGUGCCGCCAGUUCACCUCAAGGCUCCGAGGGCAAACCGAGGCUCAAGAUGUCUUGUAAUGGGAGUGAGCAGCUGGAGAAAGCUAUGGAGGAAGUGUUCGAUGAUGACGAUGAGGUGAAGGUGGAGAAGAGCAAUGUGGAAAAGAUGGAGAAGGAAAGGGACCCAAAGAGCAGAGUCCUGGAUCAGCGAUCUGCAGAUCAAGACUCGUGUCCAGCACCAUCCAACCCCACAGUGCUGGAGGAGGACAGCGUCCAGUUCAACAAGCUGUCCUACCUUGGCUGCACUUGGGUCAAAGCCCCCCGCAACGAGGCCGAGGCACAGAGGGCCAUGGCCACCCUACGGGCCGAAAGUGCCUUUCCCAUCCCCGUCACCCUGCAUGUCCCCUGUGGGCCAGACGGCUCCGUCAGGAUUGCGGACCAGGCCUCUGGUACAGAGAUUGCUUCAUUUCCCAUCUACAAGGUGCUGUUCUGUGCUCGUGGAAGGGAGGGUUCGGUGGAAAGCGACUGCUUCUCCUUCACUGAGAGUUACCGGAGCUCCGAGGACUUCCAAAUUCACGUCUUCUCCUGCCACAUCAUAGAGGCCGUCAGUCGUAUCCUGUACAGUUUCUCCACAGCCUUUCGGCGUUCCUCCAGGCCGGUGGACACGAGGGACACGGCGCUGUCCAGUCUGCCCGAUGGCGACCUCUACACCUUCACUGUCUCCUUGGAAGUGAAGGAGGACGAUGGCAAAGGCAACUACAGUCCGGUGCCGAAGGACAGAGAUAAAUUGUACUUCAAGCUGCGACAGGGUGUUCAGAAGAAGGUCGUUGUUUCAGUUCAGCAAAUGUGCAACAAGGAGCUGGGAAUCGAGAGGUGUUUUGGGAUGCUGCUGAGUCCAGGACAGAAAGUCUGCAACAGCGGCAUGCAUCUACUAGACAUGACCUCAAUGGGGAAGAGCUCCGAUGGGAAGGCCUAUGUGAUUACUGGAACAUGGAAUCCCAACAUGGCAGCCUUUCAACUGCUCAACGAAGACACGCCUAAAGAUAAGCAGGUCUACAUGACCGUGGCGGUGGACCUGGUCGUCACGGAGGUGGUGGAGCCGGUUCGCUUCCUGCUGGAAACGCUGGUCAGGGUUUACCCGUCAAACGAACGCUUCUGGUACUUCAGCCGCAAGACCUUCAGCGAGGCCUUCUACCUGAAACUCAGACAGCAGACACCAGAGAGGUCGGGUCAGAGCGAUGCUGUUUAUGAGGUGGUGAGUCUUCAGAGGGAGGCAGAGAGAAGCAAUGAAGGACAACUGGCCUCACCCACUGAGGAAGAGGAGGCUGAUGAAGAUAGCGACAGUGAAAUCUCAAGUGGGACAGGAGACGUUUCCAAAGACUGUCCUGAAAAAAUCCUGGAGUCCUGGGGAGGACUCCUAAACAGAUGGCAUGGGAACCUGUCCACUCGACCGAAGGGUUUGCCCUCGUUGGUUCGCAGCGGCAUUCCCGAGCCACUCAGAGCUGAAGUCUGGCAGCUGCUGGCCGGUUGCCACGACAACUACGACCUGCUUGAGCACUACCGCAUCCUCAUCACCAAGGAUUCGCCUCAGGAAGGUGUCAUCACCCGGGACAUUCACCGCACCUUCCCUGCACACGACUACUUCAAGGAUUCUGACGGAGAUGGACAAGAUUCACUGUACAAGAUUUGCAAGGCCUACUCUGUCUAUGAUGAAGAAAUUGGUUAUUGCCAGGGUCAAUCAUUCCUCGCUGCUGUUCUCCUGCUGCAUAUGCCAGAGGAACAGGCUUUCUGUGUAUUGGUAAAAAUCAUGUAUUACUAUCGCCUGAGAGAUCUCUACAAAAACAACUUUGAGGAUCUUCACUGCAAGUUUUACCAGCUGGAGAGGCUAAUGCAGGAUCAGCUUCCAGACCUGUGGUCCCACUUCCAGGAGCUCAACCUGGAGGCUCACAUGUACGCCUCCCAGUGGUUCCUCACCCUCUUCACUGCCAAAUUCCCCCUGUGUAUGGUUUUCCACAUCACUGACCUGCUGCUCUGUGAGGGUCUGAGCAUCAUCUUCAAUGUAGCCCUAGCCCUCCUCAAGACAUCUAAAGAGGACCUCUUGCAGGCGGACUUUGAAGGUGCUCUCAAGUUCUUCAGAGUUCAGCUUCCAAAACGCUACAGAGCUGCAGAAAACGCACGCAGGCUUAUGGAGCAGGCCUGCAACAUCAAGGUUCCAACGAAAAAGCUGAAGAAGUUUGAAAAGGAAUAUCAGACACUGAGAGAGAGUCAGCUGCAACAAGAAGACCCCAUCGACCGAUUCCAGAGGGAGAACCGUCGUCUUCAGGAGGCCAGUAUGCGGCUGGAACAGGAGAACGACGACUUGGCCCAUGAACUGGUCACCAGCAAGAUCGCCCUUCGGAACGACCUCGACCAGGCAGAAGACAAGGCUGAUGUUCUGAACAAAGAGCUGCUGAGCACCAAGCAACAUCUGGUGGAGACGGAGGAGGAGAAGAGACGACAGGAGGAGGAGACGGCUCAGCUGAAAGAAGUGUUCAGGAGGGAGCUAGAAAAAGCAGAGCUGGAGAUCAAGAAAACCACAGCGAUCAUAACUGAAUACAAACAGAUCUGCUCCCAGCUGAGCACCAGGCUAGAAAAACAACAAGCGGCAACAAAAGAGGAGCUGGACUUCGUCAGGAGUAAAGUAUUAGGCUGUGACAACUGUAGGGACCUUUUCACAACCCUGGGAUCCCUUCAGGCGUCGUCCCCUGGCCGAGACAAGACGUACAGCGAGCCGUCCGACGAGGAGAAGGACGGACUGAAGGAGCAGCUUAGGCACCUGGAGCUGGAGCUGGCACAGACCAAACUGCAGCUGGUGGAGGCCAAGUGUCGCAUCCAGGAGCUCGAGCACCAGCGGGGAGUACUGAUGAACGAGGUGCAGGCGGCAAAGAACUCGUGGUUCAGCAAGACUCUGGGCUCCCUGAAGAGCUCUACCUCCUCUUCCUCCAGCUCCACAUCCCAGACCCCCUCCUCUCCAAAGGAGGGCCCUGCCUAGAGGACCCUGCCUCCAUCUGUCAUUCCCCUGCAGGACGCACAUUACAGCUGAGGAACACAGGUUGAAGGAAACAAGCAGCCGAGAUAUGUAGUAUUCCUUUUCCAGCCACUUGCAAAGCAGAGCUCACCAGCCUCUUGGACUCCAGACAGAACACAACACCGCGAGGAGGAUAGAGGCGAGACACUGGACCAGCCACCUGUCUUCCACCAAGCGUUUACGUUGGAGUGAACAAAGAAAAUGUCCACCAAUGAUCCUCUCUGCAUUAUCUGUAAUGACCACUGAACUUAAUGUUGUUUUUUAACUUUUUAUUUUCAGUCGUUGCUGACCCUGUUUUGUGGUUCUCGUCACAGGUGAACUGAAUGAACCUAUACAAUGGCAUCGCUCAUACGGGUGAAUGAUUUAGCUCCACCUUGUGACAAGAUAAUGCUUCUGCAGUCAUAAUACAUUUAUCUGUAUGAGAUUAUGUUUUAGGUAGCAUAACAUCCAGUCCCACAAGUGGGACAAUAUUUAAAUAAAAGCUAUAGGGAGGUUCAUUAUAAGAGAUGCUAAAAGUAUGCCGCAUAGAAAUUUAGUGAUCUUCAUCGAGCAAAGCCACAGAACAAGGGAAAAGGAAUACUUCAGUCUGCAGAUCUACUGCAGUCAGUCUUAGAACAGGUU